AUGCCUCAUGCAGAAGCACCCAACUUCUCCGUGCCAGAACGGCCGAUGUGUGAUCCUGACAGCAUAAGAAUCAUCCACGUCGGUAUGGGCGCCAGUGGCCUUCUCGCUGCCCACAAGGCAAAGAAGAUGCUCCAGAACUACGAGCUUGUAUGUUAUGAGAAGAAUGGCACCAUUGGAGGUACCUGGUACGAGAAUCGAUACCCAGGCUCGCAUACAUACACUUUCCCUUUUGAGCGGAAUCCAGAAUGGAGUGGGUACUACUCAUACGCACCCGAGAUUCAGGACUACAUGAUGAACUUCUACAAAAAGCAUGAUCUAGAGCCCUUCGUGGUUCUCAACACUGCGGUCGUCGGCGCAACUUGGGAUCAACUCUCAGGCAAGUGGGAGGUAGAGCUUCAGAGAAAGGACGGUACUACCUUCACGGACACAUGCAACGUGCUUAUCAACGGAUCAGGUGUACUAACAAAAUGGAAAUGGCCCGCUAUCCAAGGACUACACGAAUUCAAAGGUGUACUAGCACAUUCAGCCAACUGGCCACAAGAUCUCGACUGGAAAGACAAACGAGUCGCCGUCAUCGGCACUGGAUCGAGUUCGAUACAGAUGGUUCCGCGCCUUGCAGAAACUGCUACCUCCGUCACUGUAUUCAUGCGAAAUUGCACAUAUAUCGCGCCUCAAUUCGGCUCCAACAUCAGCAACAAGGAAGCUGAUGCAGAUGCCAAAGAUCCUGCCGCAGCAGGUAAGCACCAAUACACGGAGAAGGAGAAGCAGAAAUUCCGAGACGAUCCCGAAUAUCAUCUCGAGUAUGUCACCAAGGUCGAAAAGGCUAUCGUGGGUGGCUGGGACAUGUUCUACCGAGGCAGUGAACUGAAUCGUGCUGCUAAGGACUUCAUGCAGAAGUCCAUGAACGAGAGGUUGGGAAACAGGGAGGACCUGAAGAGGCAUUUCAUACCGAAUUGGAGCCCCGGAUGUAGGCGCUUGACUCCUGGUGAAGGAUACUUGGAGGCAUUGAUUCGACCAAAUGUCAAUUGUGUGUUUGAGGAGAUAUCAGAGGUCACAUCCACAGGUAUACGCAGUACGGACGGGACACUCCACGAGAUAGAUAUUCUAGCUUGUGCGACUGGUUUCUAUGUACAAUACCAACCACACUUCAAGAUCACUGGUAUCGAGGGUCAAGUCAUGCAGGACCAAAAAGAGCCAAAUGUGUACGCCUCGAUAGCAGCACCAGGCUUCCCGAGCUAUUUCGUGGUCAACGGGCCUAGAGGCAAUUGGGGACAGGGUUGUGCCCUGCCGUCCCACGAAUCUCAGAUUGAGUAUAUACUGAAGUGCUGUCGGAAGAUGCAGGAAGAUCAAAUCAAGUGUAUAGUGCCGAAGGAGGAUGUUACCACACAAUUGAACUUGUAUAUGGACGAAUGGCACCGACAACAUUCUAUCUGGUUUGAGGAUUGUAAAUCAUGGUACAAGGACAACAAGCCUGAUGGACGAGUGUACAUUUGGCCUGGCAGUCUGCUCCACCAUCUGAAGUUCAUGCGACAACCGAGAUAUGAGCAUUAUGACAUUACAUACAAAGAUCCAAACAAUAUCUGGGCGUUUUUGGGUAACGGGAGGACGAUCAGUCAGGUAAAGUAUGGUCCAGAUGCGCCUGUGCCGUACAUAAGGAACAAUGAGGAUGAGCCAUGGGACAUUGAGUAG